AUGCAUGUCUCUGUGUACCUACAUACCAACACCCUUAGUCCAGUGAACACCAAUGAAUUUCGUAUAUUUUCACAUCUAUCUAUUUCGCAGGCCAACCAAAUCAAGUUGAAACAAGAAGCGCUCACCGCAGAAUUACGACCCAUCCUGACAUGUAUUGAUGCCAAUGAUAACGACAGGCUAAAGCUCUUAGCCUCCUUAGAGAAAGUGCGACGUCUAGCGACAAAACACAUCAGCUCGGCUUCGCUGAGGACUGUUUUCAUUAAGGAAGAUGUGCACACACAGGCGUCCGAGUUGUUGAAGAAGAAGCAGGACCAGCCGGAAGUGGCGAGUGCUGCCAUGGGCGUGCUUGCCGUGGUACUCAAACCCUCAGCUAAAGGCGCCCCACCCCGAGAUGAUGUGGGACAAGCGGCCAUACAGUUAAUACUGGACAAUCAAGACAACCGAGACGUCUUGAUCAACGGGCUGCGCCUGAUCGUCACAGUGUGCAUUAUACAAGAAGCCCAUGAGAGUCUCUUCGAGAAUGAUGAGAUAUUCAAGGUUCUCGAUCUCGCAUUUGAGUCAAAGGACCGGACAGCUCAGGAGGAAGCCUGCAGGACGAUACAGAAAGUCUGCAGCACCGCUUCGGCGGACACUCGUGGUAUAUUACUCGACCACGGCUACCAUGUUCGCGUGCUGUUGAUGCUGAGGGAGCUGGAGUCACCGGAAGCCUUAGAGUGUGCACUUGGGGCUCUGGCCAAUCUCGCACACAAGAAUGAACGAAAUGCAGAGUUGAUUGAUGUUGGUGCUAUUGAUGGAAUCCAUACCAUCGUCAACGAUAAUUUCGACGAGCAAGGAGUGGUCAUGAGGGGUGUUGGAGCACUACUAAACUUGGCAGUGUUUGGUAUGACUUACAAUAUGUAG